GGUGCGGAAUAGUAUGAAUUCAUUUUAUUUCGUUAGGUUCUCAUCAGCUGCUUACAACCCAAAAUAUUUGAAAUUCAACGUUAUUAUAGAUAUUGACAUACUUAUACAUCAGAGGGUAAUGAAGGAUGAAUAUAUGUAACAUGAUGUAGCAAAGAUUUCGUUAGAGUUAAUGAGGUCAUAAAAUGUUGUUUCGAAUAUAUAGAGUUUAGGAGGGAAGGUUCCAGAUCAUUGAAAUAGUAAUUAGAAGUCAUGAAAAUAGAUUAAUGGUAAUAAAGAAAAUAUGAAUUGAAAUCAGUCAGUUACGUAUGAUGUAAUUUAAAAGAGUUGUAUUAAUGACGCAAUAAAUAAAUAGAGAAACAAAUGAGUAGAAAAAGGGGGUUAUUGUUACCAGGAUAAAGAAAGAUUUAUUACUGUCUCUUUUUGUAUACAUAGAUCUGGUUUUAGACGCUUGAUUGCUAUUGCUUCGGCAAAUUUCAAGAGGUUGGAGUUUGAUUGUUUGCUAAUCACCUUGAAGGACUGCAGUAUACCAACUUCAUAUCAUGUGUCAAGGAGAUGUCUUGCGAUGGCACUGGUGGAUGCUUUUAUUCCAUUUAAUCUUAAACUUUUCGUAAUAUGUUCUUUGAAUCGGACGUAGGCUCUCCUUUCUGUUCUAUCAAUGUAACUGCUUUGGCAGAUACAUGUAGAUUUGUAUAUACAGUUGGUGGUGGUAAUAAAAUAUAUUUCUUUAAAUUUUAUAUCUGACACCAAAAACUAAACAAUCCUUCAUUAAACAAUAAUGAUAACCGUUAGUAAUGGUAAAGUUAACUUGUUUCAUAUUUACUGUGAUCUAAGUCAUAAGGUUCCAUGUCAUAUGUGCAUAAAUUUAAAAAAACAAACAUGAAAAUAUAAAAAAAGAUGUUCUUGUUAUUUGUUUUGACCGUACAUGACAGGUGAAACUUGUGGUUAAUAAUAAUAAUAAUAUUCAAAUGGAAAAUAUUUGAUAGUUAUAUUAGUAAGAGUUUGAGCUUUCUCACUAUAGCAAGAACUUGUAAAUACAGUAAAUAUCGAGACAAUCUGCUCAGGAUGCUCACAUUUCAAUGUAGAAUGAUCAAAUGUAGUCUUUAUUAUCAAAAACUGAAAGAAAUAAACUCUUGUAAACGUAACAUGAUGCACAUCGAACAGGUCAGUGAUUAUAAAGUGGAAAUUGUUAAAUUUUCAAAUGACUUGAGAUGGAAAAUAAUUGAGUGUAAAAUUUUGAUUUUACUAAUUAAUACCAACUAGUAGUUGUCUAGCUGAUAUAUGAUUAAACUAACACAUGAUUUGUAGAAAUAUCAUAGAAAAGAUCUGGUAGAACAAAUGUAAGGUCUUAGUGUAACUCUGAUAUUAUUACAUUGUGAUGUUGCGUUCUUUCGGCUUCAUAUUUUAUUUGUUAAGCUUUAAUAGUCAUCUCAGACAAUAUCCACAAAUUCUCAUUAAAAUUUUACCGAGUACAUUUUCAUCAGUUGCAUAACGACCAAUGAAAACUGUUCAGUUACAUCCCUACUUCACGUAAGAUUAUUAAGGAUAAGUGUUCAAGUAAACAUUAUUAUGGUGUUCUUAUGACUAAAAAUGCAAACUUGUACACGUCUAUGUACUCACAAUUUAUUUACAUCCUCUCUUUAAGGUAUAAUGUUACUUCUCACUGGGAAACAUUUCAGUGCGAAAAACUAUAUAAUUGUACGUUAAGUGCUGUAAUUAUUUAACUAUUUUUCCCGUCAAAUACAUUAAUAGAAUAUCAGUUUUUAUUGUUCUGUCAAGUAAAACAUUAUUCCGUUUGAAAUCACUGUUGACAAUCAGUAUAUAUUUCAACAAUAAUGUAGUUGGUUAAUAAAAGGGACUUUAAUUUUAUCAAGCGUAAUUUACUUUAUUUUGGCAAGCUCUCACAAAUCUCGGCAAUACAACAUUGAUAAGUGGAUUUAUUAAAUAUUCCAUGAUGUGUAUGUUAGCACAAUUAUCACAUGUUAUGUGAUUUUUGUCAUGGCUAGUUACAUUGAAUCUUACUGGAAUUUUGUUAAGGAUAAUUAAAGGACUUAAUAUAUUUAUCUAUAAGGCUCAUUCUAUUGCGAACACAAUUAAAUUUCCAGCCUCCACAAGUUAUUACAUUCUGAAAUAUAGAAACAACAGCUAGUUUGUUUAAUGUUGAAAUUUAACUUUCUGAAUAAUACCGUACUUUAGCUAUAUACUAUUUUUAUCUCAUUAUUAAUGUACUUGAAAGUAGUCUCGCGAAUAACAAGUUAUGAUGAAAUUUCAGAAAAAACUGAGGUCUAUAAAGUCUGUCUAAGAUAAAACGACUACAAUUAUUCUAUACAAAAAUAUCACAUUAUAAUUUACGCAAUAAUUUGUUAAAAUAACCCUUGAACAUCGUCCGGUAUUUACAUAAAGAUUGAGAAAAGAUUGUUUUAUCAGGAAAACGAUGAUUUAUCACAGACCUCCAAUUAUCCCUGGUUUUCACUGGUACCCUAUGUGAUAUUAGCUUGUCAAGUAAACCACAUGAAAAUAAAACCAGUUUCCACAGAUCUCUAUAGCUACAAUCCUAUGCUCAUCAUUAUUUAAAUUCGAGAUGCUUUGACGAAGCUCAUAUGAGAAGUCGUGUUUUGUGAAGUUCAUUCACAUCCUGAGGCAGUUAUCCUCUAUGGGAUUGAAUGAUUACUUCUCUGUAAGACGAAACGACUGAUAUUAAAAAUGUAGUUCACUGGACUUCAAAAUACUGGUUGAGAAAUAACGUACUUACCUCAUGACUAGUCAUUCCUAAGUUGGAUUCAUCGUGAGUCCAUGAAUGUGAAUUGUAGUUCAGACUUUAAGUAAAUCACAUGAAGGUUUAUUGAAGUCAAUGAAGUGGUAGAUGCUCAAUGUUUCUUGGUUUUUAUUAGUUUACUUGAAGCAAUUUAGUUUUGAAAUAACUUCUAAAUUGUAUAGAUUGUUUCGACAAAACAAUGUCAAAAAAUAAUGAUCAACUGCUUAAUUUUUACCGGUUUCAGAGUGGAUUUUUCGAAGUUCAAUUCACGAGCCAAGACUUGGUGUGCCAACCAAUUUCCAGAUCAAAUAUUUAUUCACAGAUUCAAUAAGAAAAAGACUGUGUUUUAAUUGAGGACUGACUGGAAUGUGAUAUAUUAGAACACUGAAUAAAAACUGAAUGGCUGAACGUUAUUGUGCUGGUUGCUAUAAUUCAGGACUAAUUAUUCAUGAGUGGAGACUGUUUACUAGUUUUAAAUAAUUCUUACCGAAUAUUAGUUUGGAAUAAAUUAAAAUAACGCUCAAUAUUUCCAUAAAAAAACCAUAUGAAAAUCAUAUUACACAUAUUUGUAUAUGUAUAUACCAUAUAGGUGUGUUCAAAGCAUCACUUAGGGACAUGCUUAAUCAGAACUUCCAGUCAGUUGUCUCCACAUUUAGUGGAUGGGUAUUGAAUAUUAGAGUGUAUGUUUUAUCAGAGGUCUCAUUUCAAGCCCUAACUUAUACUAUACUUGUGUAUCUCAUCCGACAUUUAUUCAGUUUUACUGGACAUGCUUAUACUAGACAGUUGCAAACAACUCCAGGGUUGAUUGAAAUGAAAUAUUAACAUAAGGGAAAAUGACUGAAAUUGCCGAGUAUUACACAACUAGUGAGAACGAUAAACACUGAGGAUAACAUCAACAACAAAAACAUCUACAGUUUAAUUUCCAUAUACUCUGCUUUCAUUUUCGUUCAUCAUUAUCUUAACAAGUUGUAACUUUAGGUACACAUCUAAAAUAAAUAAAAGAUUUACAGAAAUAGUUAUAUCACUCAUCAAAUAAAUAAAUGUAUUUAACAGCCUAAACAAACAAGAAACAUUAAACUAAUGAGUAAAAGAUUUAAUAAAUUAAUUAUUGAAUUUGUUUAAAUUGAUACAGAUACAACAAUAAAGAACCAUACGGUCAAGUUGAAUAUUUAUUUAUUUAAACACAUAAACAUUGGUUUUGACCUAACGGCCUAAUCCACAAGGCAGUGGAGCCACGUAAGGAGAUGCAGUCUCAUGGUAGCCGGUGACUAACAGUUGGUUUAUACGCCAUUUGUUUCUUAAGGAUCCUGGAGCCCAUGUGCAUCACUAGUUUGGAAUCAGGGUUUUUCAACUCUCCUAUUUGGAUCCUCCAUAUCCACAACCCAGUUAAAGCGCCGGAUAUUCGCUUUUCAUCCUCUGAAUUUCGUAAGCAACAGUAAUGCCUCGAUAAGGCAGUGAGUAGGAUGCACGUGGCCAUGUGAAAGCAUUUCGGGAGGGAGAGUUGACUCUCCACACUCUCAGUCAUACCAGGGUAUUUGGGGGUGUCAAAUUGAAUACCAAGAAAAUGAAUGGAAAAAUACAGUUUUCUUGUUCACUGAAAUUAUUUCAUAUAUAUAUGAAGCUUUUUCUUAUUUCAAAAUAAUAUUACCUUUUCAUUACUAAUUUCAACAAAUUUAUUCACAUAAAAAUAAAUCAAUAUAAAAUAGCUUUGUACAUUGACUUUCUUUGAAUAUUUAAGGAUGAUAUUUACAUUUGCGUUGAUAAAUUAAGUUCAGUUUCGCUCAUUCGUAAUUAUUCUAUAAUUGUAAGUGUGAGGUCUUUUUUUUAUGAAACAUGUAAGUACAUGUUUCCAUCAAAUCACUCAACGAUUAUGAUUUGAAUAAUGAAGAUCAUUACUUAUUGUGAUACCAUCAUGAAUUUAGUAUUAAUAGAUUACAACACUGUAAGGUAUUUUUAUGUCUUGUGAUUGAAUCGUCAAUCAAUUUGUUUGAUUAUAUAUUCUCAUCAUAGCUUCUGAUUAACACUUUAGAAUAGAAAUUUGAUAUGAUGCCUAAUACUCUUCUUUAUUUACAUAUUUGAUCUUUUCUCUCUCAAACACAAAGAUUGUAAAUCGUAUUCUUUAUUACCUUUCCACAUUUAGCUAUGAUUAUUCACUGCUACAAUCUUCUGUGUUGGCUUUCAUGUGUUUCCAAAUAUUUGGAAGUAUGGUACGAUAGUACUUAUUUCAAUAGUUUAUUCGAAUGAUAGAAAUCACUAAUGGAGAUUUGUAGUGUAUAUAUUGAUAGAUGUAAAGUAGAGUGACAUGGUUGUUAGUGCAAUCACUUAUUUGGAAAACCACUGAUAUGGGAAUUAACCUUGAAAAGAUUUAUUUGUCGUAACAGAAUUCUAAACAUUGAAACUCCUUAGAUUGACGAUGUAAAGUUUGUUAAAAAUCCAGGAUACGUGUAUAGCAAAUAACCAUAUAUUUCAAAUACCAUACAAAAUUCAUCUUCCAAACGUAGGAUUUUAACACUUUCAACUUAAGCGAUAAAAGUACAAUCUCUCAGAGUCAUUUGAUUAAUUAUCGAGAUGCAUCAGUCUAAACUCAUCACAGAUAGCUAGAUCACAAGUAUCUGUGAUCAGUAGCUUUAAGAAAAUCUUCACUUAUAAGAUACCACUCGAUACAUAUUUUAUUUUCCGAAGCUUCAACUAUACACUUUUUUGACUUUUACAUCUAUUAAACAUAACGAGCUGCUGAGAAAAUGCUUAAGGUUGUUUAAUAUUGAAGUUUCCAUAAUAUCCAGAAAUUAUUUUAAACGAAAAAAGAAUUCUUCUCUGAUAUCUAUGACAUCAGUCUGUUCAUUAGAAUUCUAAAGUACUGGUUGGCAACAUGAAGCUUCCAGCUUUACCAUUAAUUAUUUCAAACAAAUUACUGUACAUCAGCUUAACUUUAAGAAAGAUUAUAAAUGAGGCAGUAGGAAAAAUUAGUGCAAGUACGUUAAGAUACCUUUUGAAAAUGAAAUUGUCCAGUGAUGCUGCACAAAAUGAGUUGAAACCAUGAGGAUCGAAAUUGUCUUUUUUUAGUUUUCCAAAGUGGCACUUUCAGGAUUAUUGCUGGUUCUAACCAUGGAUACAGAAGAGGGGUGGGGUAUGUUAGUAUCGUCAUCCCGUAGAAAAACGCUUUGGUAAAAAACACUACAACCAUAAAGAAAAUCAUUUCAACCACUCAAUUGUUGCCCCUCGAAUUGAAUGAUCUUCAUUUAAAAGUGUUAUGAAAGCCGAGAUUUUUCAAAAAUCACGGAGCCAAUGACCCUUUUAAAACAAGUACGUCAAUAAUAUAAAUGAAUAGAAUGCCUGAAAAAUAUGGGAGACUGAGAGCACCCGUCAAACGGCUUCGGAAAUUAAGAGAUACAACAUAGCGGUGAUCGGAAUCAGUGAAACCUAAUGAAUCCAAGAUGGAUGCAGUUAACGAUUUGAACUUUUCUCUUCCAUCCUCAACGCAUACAAGUAAUAAAGUGAGAUUCUCAAACACAACACAGAGAAUCACAUUUGAUAUAGAGGCUCUGGAAGGUGUGUAAUCUUACACGCACAUGGACGGCAUCAUCGAUGACCAAGGAAGAUUGGUUGCGAAUGGCAAGUCGAGAAUUGGCAAAGCAAGGACAGCAUUCCUACAGUUGAAGAACAUAGAACUCGAAACAACUGUCUGUCAACCACUAUCAGUCAGAAUCUUCACUAAGAACUUCAAGACAGUUCUACUGCAUGGAGGGAACUAAAACUUGGAGAACUACCACAACCAUCAUCAACAGAGUACAAGUAUUUAUAAACAUUUUUCUACGCAAGAUACUUAACAUGCGUUGGUCGGGUACCAUUAGCAACAACCUACUGUGUAAGAGAACAAAACAGCUUUCAUCUGUAGAGGAAAUUGGGGAAAAACUCUGGAAGUAGACAGGAGAUACAUUUCGGAAAUCAUCAAACUGGAUCACGGGGCAGGUGCUAACUUGGAAUCUUGAAGGGAAAUUGAAAAGAGGAAGAAUUAGGGUUAGUAGAAUGUAUACAUAAAAAAAUGAACAUCAACUGGAUACAAGUGGAAAGGGUAUUCAAGGACAGGAUUGUUUGUAGAAUGCUGGUAGAUGGUCUAUACUCUUCCACGGGGGGUAAGUUAGCACAGUUUGGAAAAUGUAAUAUUUCAUACUUACUGACUCUUCAUUAGUCUCACCGUAAAUCCUUGAUAUUCUUUUACUAUUAAAAUACAGUAAGACUAAUUUGUGUAGGUCUAUAAACAUGCAAUCGAAUAGACAUUGAAAUGAGAUAACUGUUAACUUAUACUCCUAUAAGUGAAAGUGAUCAAUAAUAGGAUUGUUAAAAAGCAUAAUUCACAUGAUUUCUGGGCCAAAAAAAGUUACAGUUUUGAAUAAAAUUCUACUAAUUAAAGUUCAUUUUUAUUAUUAAUUAGUGUUUCUUAUAUCUCAUACACUGAUUAUUCAAAGUAACCAAUAACAAAUAAAAAUAGUGCUAAACUACAAGCAUAGUAACAACUUAGUAAUUAAACAUCCAAUAAGAUUAAUUUAUUUCGUAAUAAUGAGGGUGUAAAAUCCUGAUCUGUGUUGAUCUCAUGUUGAAUUAACUAUAAAAGAUUGUAUACAUAUAAUAAAAAACUGAAUUAUUCAAUAUUUUAAUUCAAAUAAUGAUGAUUAUAAUAUUGUUUCUUACUUUAUCAAAUAUAUUUAACUUUAACUGUGCACAACAUCAAACAAACUUACUUGCUGAUAUAGUAAAAUCAAGAUGUACUCACUGGAAGAUUGAACAUGGAGCGACUAAGUAAGUUUGUUUGAUGUUAUUGUUAAGAAACUUAUAAUAACUAAAUAUUACAGGGGUUUUUUUCGAAAUAAAAUAAUAUUAUUAUGAAUAUCAUAGUUAUAUGAAUUAGACAAUCAUAUAUUAAAUACGAAGAUUGUUAAUUAGUGAUUUAAAAGUUAUUUUGAUCAGGGAAAAAAAAUCGUAUAGGAAACAAUUAAGGAUAAAGGAAUUAACGGACAUUAGUUUCUUCCCAGUUUGAUACUUAACAGAAGUUAUCAUCCAUAACAACAAUGAUAUUUAAGAUCACAUAAUCUGAUUGUAAUAAUUCAAAUUCCCAUCUCAAAUUAUAAUGCGCAAUGUAAUGUGAUAUUUAUAUCAUUAAUGGUAAUUUCAUUAUUUUUCUGACCAGAACUUGCUGGAAACAAUUACAGGAAUCGUUUUAGUUACCAAAUAUAUAUGUUAACUCUAUUUUGAUACAACUAUGUAAAAUAUAAAAAUGAACUCUGCGAUGUUCGGUUAAUUCACAGGAUAUUAUUUUCAGUGAAUUGAUUACAUAGUAUGACUGUUUGAAAUUUUAACCAUUUACACUGUGUAACACGUUUAUAAAUCUUAUUAGAUAUUAAUGUUAUACAUCUUAUUGAGUAAAUUUUGAGGAUCUGAUCAAUCUAUUGGUUUAUUGUGUUAGCGUAAAUGAAUAUGACAUUUGAAAUGUAAGCAUACCUUUCAGUAGAAUUAUUUUUGAAAGCAAUGAAUGAGGAAUCACAAUAUAAGUAUACAGUAUACGUUUUGCCAAUUUCAUUUUGUAAAUUAAUUUUUUCACCAAGUUUACCAAAAACUGUUAUUCCAUCGACUAAAGUUAUUAGUGUAAAUCAAUAAUCAUAUAGUGGUCUGCUUAUUUCGAUUUAAAACUAUGCACUUGAAUGUAAAUUCUAGUGAUACUAUUUACUUUUUAUCAAGUAGCAAUAUAAAUGGACUGAAAGCUUGAAUUUAUCACCCAGCUACAAAACGUCAAAGCUUUUGAUCGCUGGACUAUUAAUAUACUUUCAUAAUUUAUAGAUGAAUUCUAAUGUAUUUGCACAAUUUAUUGAUAUUUUAAAUUUGUCGAAUAAUUAAUAAUUAGCAAUAAAAGUUGUGUUUUAUAUCAUGAAUUAAUCUUGAUUACAUAACUGUUGAAAUCUAGGAGGUACGUGAUAUCAAUUUCAUUUUAACAUUGAAUUUAUCAGUGAACAUUCGAGAACGCAACAGAAAUUAGAUACAUGAUUUUUAGGCCUUGAGGUCAAUGGUCAACCUUUAGACCGCUAUGUGGAUUCGUGAGCUCUCAAAACUGACGUAUCUCAUACAAAGAUGAAACAGUUGUAUAAAACUUUACAAUAUUCAAUGGUUGUUUAGUUAGAAAUAUUCCAUGAUGUAAAUUAAGACAUUUAAGUAUUUCCACAACUCUCUUAUUGUUAAAAAUGUCAAUAAAAACAGAAUUAUAUUUGUCCAUUAAUUAUCCUGAUAGAUGUUUAUCUGAAUUAAUUUCAUUUAUUAUUUCAUAUAAAAAGUAUAAAUUGUAGUGAGAUCUGGAAUUCAUUUGAGAACAUUUUAAUUUCUCCUGUUGCUGAAUCACAAUGUCCUAUGAAACCAAAAUCAUACGAUAAUUUUGUUUAUCAAUUAUUUGAAUUGGAACAACAACAACUACAACAACAGCAACGUACAAUUCAAACUGAAUAUUACUUCCAUUCUCAAGUGAUGGAGGUCAUUCGUGGAAUGUGUAAACGUCUUGGAAUGUGUCGUUCUCUAGAAACUACAUUGCCAGGAUAUCUGUUUGAUGAUUUGAAUUGGUGUAAUAAAACAUUAACAGGCAUGACAAACUAUGGGACUUCAUGUGGAUGCGAUCGUAAAAUUGUUGUUCGAGCUUACUGGGAAAGUGCUUCGGCUGAGUUUGCCAGGAGAGCAUCUGGUAACGUCUUUGUGGUACUGAAUGGCUCGGCCAAGGUUCCAUUUGAUGAAAAUAAAACUUUUGGAAGCAUAGAACUACCACUGUUAAAUGGUCCUCGAGUUAAACAAGUAACUGUGAAAUUAAUUCAUAGUUUGGAAGAUUUCGCUUACCGACAAACGUGUGAAUCGUGGAGUCUGCAACAACUUGCAAACAAACUGAACUCUUCGCAUAUUCUUUUUCGCUGCAUCGAUGAUCCUUUGGAGUUCAGACAUUAUCAAUGCAUUAAAACUCCUUACAAGCAACGAUGUCAGUUUUCAGCUUCGACGAGGUCAAGCGUUGUAGAGACAUUACUAACACUUUUAUCACUAGUCAUUUGUUUAACUUUAUAUACUUGCAUGAGUUGAAAUAACUUUUCAGCGAAAAGAAAGUAAAUACAACUCAGGAACAAAAAA